AUGGCCUGCGUAGUAGCGUACUGUGGACGCACGCGCCUUUCGCCCCGCCCCCCAUUCGUGUCUCGGUCUCGCUCUCGGGUCUCGCUCUCGGGAGCAGAAGCAGAGCAGCAGGGGCCAAAAACCCCACCCAACCCCUUUUCCCUUCCGGCCAUCGCCGCGGCCGGCCCUCGUCUCCUCCCCCAAUGCCGCCUCCGCCUCCGCCUCUCGCUCAGGAGAUGCCCCGCCCGGCCGCCGCCGCCGCCCGGGAGGACCACGCGACCAUGGACGUCGCACGCCCAGCAGCAAGGUGUGAGAUAUGUGGGAGUGGAGAGAACCAGCACGUUAUGUUCAGCUGCAUCCAGUGCAACGGCUGUCAACAUCGUUAUUGCCUGCUGGUGGUGGAGUUUGAAAUGAGAUAUGACUGGUGUUGCUCUGAAUGCAAAAAAAAGGCUAAUGGGGACCCAAAACCUAUUCAAGGUGAAAAAACAGAGUUUCAAAGGCCUGAGAAGGGUCACAGAAAUGUGGCCCAUCAAAUUGGUGUUAAAACACCACAGAUAUAUGAAAAUUCUAAAGUGAAGUUCAUUCGCUGUGAAGAGGAGGCACUGUUGAGUAGAGAGAGGCCAGCAGUUCAUUAUACGCGAAGAUUUGUCGCGCGACGUAGUCAGGUUAAGCCUGCAUCUCCACCAAAUCUGAAGUGCUCAUCCCCCAGUAGACAGGUUCAUCCUGCAUCUCCUCCACGUAUGAAAUGCAUAUCACCCAGUAGACAGGUCCAUCCUGCAUCUCCAACUAUGAAAUGCAUAUCACCCAGUAGACAGGUCCAUCCUGCAUCUCCAACUAUGAAAUGCAUAUCACCCAGUAGACAGGUUCAUCCUGCAUCUCCCUCAAGCAUGAAACCUUCGUCCAGUAUGAAGGGCAUACUUCCCAGUAGUCAGGGUCGCCCUCCAUCUCCUCAAAGUAUGAAACAGUCGUGCAGUAUGAAGUGUGUAUCUCCCAGUAGGAGUGAUGGUCAAGCAGUUUCCUUGAAGCGAUGCGCUGUUGCAAGUCAAAACCCGAUAAAAGCUGAUGAUACGAAGAAGAGACAGAAAGUGCAGUCAGGUGCGACGAUUCCUACGAUUCCACAUAAUACAAAAGGAGAAGUUACGAGAAUUGACCAGCAGCUUCAAGAUCAGCCUAAAGAAGAGAAGGUAGCCAAUGCAGAUGGAGGAAAAUGCAACUCCUGGAUAGACGAUCAACCUACUGGGAAAAGUGCACUCAAUGCUUCAGUGCUAACAGAUGCUGAUAGUGGAUGUGGAUCUGGAACAAAGAGUCUGCACAACAAUAUAGACAUGCCAGUGAUCAUCAGCUCAAGUGCAGAGUAUGCAAGACGCCCUCCACCAGAAGGACAUUGCUGGAAGGGAUGCUUUCUCCUCUCUGAUGGAGAAAGUUCUAAUCUUGGUGAAUUUAAAGCAUACUUCCCAUCUGUAGUAUCACCCAGAGUUUGUGAUAUCGCCAAGAAGAUGCCUAACAAUAUACAGUUGAAGAUAUCACCUCGAAUGAAUUACUGGCCAAAGACCUUUGACGAAUUCUGUCCAGUUUAUGAUGACAUUGCCUUGAUAUUUUUCCCUGCUGAACUUGACUGUUAUAACAAAAAGCAUCCUCGUCGCUUGGAGGCGUACAACAAUUUUGUCAUGAAGGCAUAUAUUGAUGACAUCAUGCUGUUGAUAUAUUCCUCGGAAGUGCUUCCACCUGAUUCUCAGUGGAUAGACGGAGAGAAUUACCUAUGGGGAGUUUUUGUGAAGCCGAAGGCAAAGAGCAAUCAUGCGCACUUAGGUUCAGUUGCUACAUGACCUAGUGGUUUCUUUGGGCGUGAACUCAUCAGUAAAAGGUCAACGGUAUGAUGGUUCCGACUGGUAUCAUUGAGAGUCAGAUAGCCAGGAGAUGCCUGGUUCAGAACCAAUGGAAGUGGGAGGUUAUACAACAUGGGCCAGAUACCUACAUGGUUAGCUUUCCUUCCUUUGAGGAUUUCGUUAGGGCUGGCGGUACUCAGAUGAAUGUGACAUCGGUUAAUGCUCAAAUGUCUCAGGAAAUCCCACAUAAGUUGGAAAUUAAGCAUCUUUGGCUUCAUGUUGAGGGUGUUCCCCGUAGAGUUCGUCAUUUUUGGGGUCUGUGGGCAGUGGUACUUUUAUGGGCAAGACCUUGGACAUUGAUCUCAUCAGCUUGAGACGUUGUGGGGUUGUCCAUAUUCUAGUGGCCAUGACGAACACUCAGAUUUUGUCAUUGCCAGUCUGAAGGGCCGCAAGCAAGUGAGUGUCAUUGCUUUCUUGUAGGAGGAGGAUCAAAACUCUAUUAAGGUGGGAUUUACAGAUAGUUUCAUGGAUUUUAAGGGGUAAGGGAAGGCGGCACCAGGUUUUAAGUUGUGAUCAAGUUCUUCCAAGAGCAACAACCAAUGACAACACAUGAUUUCAAAGUAGGUAGGUCGUGUCCCAUGGUUUUUGGAGAACAAGAAGGUAGCUUGGCCAGAAGGACCAUAUGUUCUCAAACCAGAAAAGUGCGCCAUGAGGAUUCAAAAUUUUAACAGUAAUUAGUAGUGGCACCUGGCUGGAAAGAAGUUGAGUCAGCACACGAUGGCUGAAUUGAAUUUGGAAACAACGGAUCCCAGGCAA